GUAGGCUAGUCACUGGGAGGGCAGGCAGGCAGCCUCAACUCAAAGUUAGCUCUGUCUUUAUCUUUGUCUUGCCACCAGCUGCCCUUUCUGUCUUAAUUCAUGUGCAUUAAGAAGAGGGGUAUUUAUGUUUAGUGGACUGUUGGCCUUCAACAUUGCAGUCGGGGCUUGCACAGGGACUUCAACGUGCCAUCAUCACUCAGACAAGCUGGUAAAGGAUGUACUAAAGAGGGAAUCUGCUGCCAUUUGUAUUGCUUGAGUAUUCCCAUCUAGAAACCAUGGCUGGAUUUUACGGCUGUUUGCGGGGGAAAACCAGUGACUGCAGCAUCAUGGCCUCUGGACCAUCAGAUGUGAUGCCCAACCAGGAUCCAGCAGACACCACAGAAGAGUGGACAGGCAAGAAGAAGUCCAAGUUCCAGACCUUCAAGAACUUUUUUGCUAAGAAGAAGAGAAAAGAGGGAGCCACUCCUGCCGGGGACAAUGGGUUGAAGUCUAGCCAGUCCAGUGACAAUGUCAAUGCCCCUGAACCAGCACUCCUCAUCCGCUCUGAGAAAGACGAGGGCUCUGGGUCAAAAAUCUACAUGGGAAAUAAGGCUCUGUCACAUGACAGUGUCUUUGUCUCCGAUUUGCCCCUGUCAGAGGUAAACGAGGGUCUGGGAGCCUCUCAGGACAGCAUCCAUGGGAAAGUCAAGUCUCUACAGCUCCAGCUGAAACAGGCAAUCAGGCUAGGCUCUCCUCCGUCUCUGUGUGUGAAGAAGGGGGAUGACGCAGAGACUCUGUCUGAGGAUGACGGCCUUCCCUGCAGCCCACCAGAGUACUCCACCCUGCACACUGUCCUGGCUGGGGUGUCCCACAGGAGGAACAGCUCCCUGAGUCUGGAGGGAACAGACAGCGAUGAAGACCAGAUGUCCUGUGAGGCGGGCUCCAGAUCGGUCAGUCCCCUGGUCUCCCUGCCUGUAGACUUCAGCCAGCCUGCAAGUCCCAUGGGCUGCCUGGACAACACUGCUGCUCGCCACCGCCUGGCCGUCCGACACAAGGCCUGCUCCAAGAUGAGGAAACCCACCACUAGGGUUGAUCGCAGGGCUGAGGGAGAAUCAUUCCAAGAGGAAAGACUGAGUUUUGUCAUUCCAGAAUCUGUGGAGGAGGACAAGGAGGAAGAUGUGAAACGUGAGCAGGCUGGUGCUGCCGAGGAGGAGAAGGAGCAGCCAGAUGGUGCCGUGGUAUCCCAGCAGGCCGAGAGAUCAGCCCCAGAUAAGGAGGAGGAGGAUGAGCAGGGGGACCAACAGGAAGUGUCUCAGGAUGCCUCCUCCUCAUCCCCAUCCCCCUCCAUACAGAAUGAGUCUGACUCUGAGGAAUGUCUCUCAGGCCUGGCUAAGGCUCCAACUCCCCAGCCCCGGCUGCAGACCCAGACUGCCCCCCUGCCUGGCUCCCUGGACUCUCUGGAGCCCCCUACUAGAGACUACGAUGACUUCCUCCUGGCCCCUACUGGGUGUGAGGCGGCUGAGGAGGGUAGCUCUCUACUCCAGGAGGUGCUGAGCUCCCUCAAGUGUCCCUUGACGUCUGUCCUGGGGUUGGAGAUGGAGGCUGUGCCCCUGGAGGUGGAGGUGAAUGCGAAGGGCUCAGACCCUGAGAUCCGGGUGGAUGAGCUGGCUGAUGAGCCUGAGCAUCCGUCCCUUCCUUCAGACCCAAACCAACAGGAAGAAGCCUGUCUCCCCAGUGAUGGACCUGACUGCCCAGCAGAGUCCCAAGAAGAGGUGGAGGGUGAGCCUUAUGAGUCUGAGGAGGAGUUAGUGGUACAACAUUUCAAACCAGAGGAGGAGGAAGAGGAGGAUGCAGAGAAAAUCAACCCUGAAUACUUAACCAAAGAAGAUCAGGACAUUCCUUCAGUUUAUAUGAAAAAUGAGGAAGAAGAAGAUAGUGAGGAAGAGAAAGAAGAAGAGAAGGAAGAGGAGAGGGAGGAGGCAGACGUAGAGGAAAAGGAAAUAGAGGAGGAGGUAGUAGAGGAAGCAGAGGAGGUUGUGCAAGAGGAGGCAGAGGAGGAAAAGAAAGAUGAGAGGAGGGAGAAGGAGGAAAAAACAGAGCCAAUCUCAGAGGUGCCAGUGCAGAGAGCCUUAUUGGAGGAAGAGGAUGUAACACCAACCUCUGUGGAGGAUGAUGCACAGCAGGUUCCAGACAAUGACACAGACCCUGAGAGAGCUUGUGAGAGCUCUGAGUGCCCCACUGAGCUGCCUGACCAAACAGUUAGGGACCAAGCCUGUGUCUCCCAGCUGCCAAAUAGCAGAACACCUUCUCCAGAGUCCCUAGACCAGCCUGAGUCCCCUACACACACCACACAGGACCAGGAAGAGCCCAGUGUAACGACUGACCAGCCCAGUAUAACCAGUCCCAGUGCAGCUGCUGGCCCAGAGCAGAGCCCCCAGGAGCCCUGUAGUGGACCAACUGCCACAGAGGAUCAUGGGAAGCCAUCUUGUGGCUCUGAGCAGAGUAGACACAGGUUUACCAUUUCCCCCGCCUGGCAAAGGUUGGCCACCAAAGAGCCAACCUCCCCUUCUCCAUCUCCCUCCCCCGCUCCCUCCCCCUCUGUCACUGUGCCUGGGGCUGUGGAAGCGGGGGUUACAGCAAAGACAGAUCCCCCAAGUAGAGUGGAGCCACUUAGCCCUGUGGUGGCUGAAGUCCCUGCUAGUCCCAGCGGAACACAGAGCACCACGGCACCCAUCAUUCCCCCUAAAGACACUCCCCCUGCAGCCCAGGAGGAAGGGACCCCUGAGAAUCCGUUUGGUGUUAGGCUGAGGAAGACCUCUGUGGGUAUGCUGCGCUUAGGAUCAGAGAGUGAAACUCCCCCCUCAUCCCCAGGACACUCACUUCCCAUAGAACCACAGAGGGUCUCGUUCACUGAACCACAGCCACAGCCACAAAGCAAACCUGCCCUGCUCAGAAAGCCCUCAGAGCUGGACGGUAUCGUCAAGCCCAAGAGAACACCAGAUCUGUCUGUGGGUCGAGUGCCUAGUGGGGGAUCUGAAUCGCCAAGCUGGAUCUCAGUGGCCAGACAAAAGCAAAGGAUCUUCAAAGAGAACUCAUUGGAGGAAACCACGGAGAAGAAGGUCCCUGCGGAGAAGGAGGAGCCUAACAGAAAAGGUUCCAUUCCUACAUUGACGAGUCCUGUCAACAAAGACCAAGCCAAGCCUCCAGGACCUCCUAUAAAAGUGUUGUGUUCCCAGCCUGCCGUGGUUGAGAAUGAGGGGAAGAGAGCCCUGGCUCACCCUGCACCUACAGCCUUGGCCCAGGAGGAGCCCCCAUGGAUGGCCCUGGCCAAAAAGAAAGCCAAAGCCUGGAGCGAGAUGCCCCAGAUAGUGCAGUAAAGACGGGCCGUCUCAAACCGAACCAUCCGUCCACUGAUGGAUCAGAAUGCAUUUGCACAACCAGAGUAUAUCUUUUGUCUUCUAAUACCUUCGGGUUUCUGAUUGGACAGAUGCUGAAACCCUCCAAUCACGUGCCGCGGUGAAAGGAGUCAGUUGGGAAAUGGGCCAAAUUAUUAAAAGUUAUGGCAUAAGAUUGAAUUCAUUGACAUUAUAUAUCUUUAUGUAAAACCAACCAAUGAUUGAAUGAUAGUUUUUUGUUUUAAUUUCUUAAGUGUUAUUGUCAGUAUUCCUUGUAUGAGUGUGGGUCCGGUGUGUCAAAUCUUUAAACCUAGCCUUAAUCUUUGAUUUGGAGGAUGAAAAAGCAUAGAUGGAGAGAAAGAACUGAAGGUUUUUUCUUUGUAUUUAUUAAAUCUCUUUCAUGUAUGUUUUAUGUAUUUUUGUUUUAUUUUUGUAUGGCCUUUGAACAUGUGUACAUUAAAUGUGCAGAAAAUAACAAAUGUAA